AUGAAGAGGGUGACGGAGGCGCUGAAGAAGGCCUCCGAGAGCGACGUCCCACGUUUUACCUCUGGGUCAUUUAUCAUAGGAACGUCACCAGCCGAAGCGGAGCCGCAGUCACCAGCCGUAGCGGAACUGGAGUCACCAGCCGAAGCGGAACCAGGGUCACAAGCCGCAGCGGAACCAGAGUCACCAAACGCAGCGGAACCGGAGUCACCAGCUGCAGCGGAACCAGAUUCACCAGCCGAAGCGGAACCGAAAUCACCAGCCGCAGCGGAACUGGAAUCACCAACCACAGUGGAACCGGAAUCACCAGCCGUAGCGAAACAGCAGUCCAGCCAAAAUCAAAUCACGAGGAGCGUUAAAAUUCCCAAAAAAUUUCACGGCACAUUCAUUGGUCACAAGGGCGCCCAUAUUAAACAAAUAGGCCAAAAAUACGGAGUGUUGCUGAAACUCAACACCUAUAAAAAUAAUAUCAGUAUCACCACCAUAACGGAACCGGAGUCACCAGCCGCAGCGGAACCUGGGUCACCAGCCACAGUGGAACGGGAAUCACCAGCCGUCGCGAAACAGCAGUCCAGCCAAAAUCAAAUCACGAAGAGCGUUAAAAUACCCAAAAAAUUUCACGGAGCAUUCAUAGGUCACAAGGGCGCCCAUAUUAAACAAAUAGGCCAAAAAUACGGAGUGUUGCUGGGACUCAACACCAAUAAAAACCAU